AUGGCGGCGGUCCCAGUCGGGCUGUCGCUGCGGCGGGUGCAUCUGGUGCUGGGGCACUUGUCCGGGUCGCAGCCGGGAACCGGCACCGGGAUCCGGCCUUCCCCGUGCGGGAGCCGCUCCGGGGGCUCUCUGGGGGCUGACGAUGCGGGGGUGGUGGUGCACGGCCGCAGGACCGCCAUCGGCCGGGCCCGGCGCGGCGGCUUCAAGGACACCACCCCUGAUGAGCUGCUGUCUGCUGUUAUGACAGCUGUCCUUCAGGAUGUCAAUCUCCGUCCUGAGGUCCUGGGAGACAUCUGUGUGGGAAACGUGCUGCAGCCUGGAGCUGGUGCUUUGAUUGCAAGAGUUGCACAGUUUCUAAGCGGUAUUCCAGAGACGGUGCCGUGCUCCAGCGUCAACCGGCAGUGCUCCUCGGGGCUGCAGGCCAUCAUCAAUAUAGCUGGUGGCAUCCAAAAUGGAUCAUAUGACAUUGGCUUGGCCUGCGGGGUGGAAACGAUGUCCCUCAGAAGUGCAGAUAACCCUGGUGAUAUCAGUUCCAAGAUGAUGGAAAACAGCAAAGCUCGAGAUUGCCUUAUUCCUAUGGGAAUAACCUCAGAAAACGUGGCAGAGAAGUUUGGAAUUUCCCGAAAGAAGCAAGAUGCCUUUGCCUUGGCUUCCCAACAAAAAGCAGCAAAAGCUCAGCAGAUGGGACUGUUUAAAACUGAGAUUGUUCCAGUGAAGACCACUGUUCUGGAUAACCAGGGCAACCAGAAGACAAUCACUGUGCACCAAGAUGAAGGCAUUAGGCCCUCCACCACCCUGGAAGGCUUGGCCAAGCUGAGGCCUGCCUUCAAAGAGGAUGGUAGCACCACAGCAGGUAAUGCCAGCCAGGUCAGUGAUGGAGCAGCUGCUGUUCUCCUGGCCAGACGCUCCAAAGCAGCAGAGCUGGGACUGCCCAUCCUGGGGGUGCUCAGGUCCUUUGCUGUGGUCGGGGUCCCACCUGAUGUCAUGGGCAUCGGCCCGGCCUACGCCAUCCCGGUGGCUGUGGAGAAGGCAGGUCUGACUCUGAAUGACAUUGAUAUAUAUGAAAUUAAUGAAGCCUUUGCAAGCCAGGCUGUGUUCUGUGUUGAAAAGCUGGGCAUUCCUAUGGAGAAGGUCAACCCCCUGGGAGGAGCAAUAGCACUGGGACACCCGCUGGGCUGUACUGGGGCUCGUCAAGUUGUCACUUUGCUCAACGAGUUGAAGCGCAGAGGGAAAAGAGCAUACGGAGUUGUCUCCAUGUGCAUCGGGACCGGCAUGGGCGCUGCAGCAGUGUUUGAGUACCCAGGGAGCUAACUCCAGUGUGCUGACAGAGCAGCACAGCAGCAGCUCAGUCUUUGCCUUCUCCAGGAAUAGCAAAUGAUUUGCACUGUGAAAUCAAGGGGCUUCGGGGAUUCCUUACUAGAGCUACACAUCUAAGGCACAAAUAACAAAGCUAAAUAAAUCGUAUGGAUCUG